AGACGACACAGAUACACGUGAGCCAUGCACGAAGCAUCGAACACCGAGGCACGGGAUCCAGCCCAUAUCUUCCUGCUGCUGCGGGAUUUGGCGGACCGGAGCCUAGGUGCAUUUAUGCGGCACUGUGUCGUCCUUGGCCCUUCUUCUUUCACAGUCAUGUUGGCGAUUUCUUUGCCAGAAUAGAACUUUUCAUUGCUACAGUCUCCAUGGCAUCGAGCUUAGAAGGACAAAGAGGACCUGAAAGCGACAACAAUCAUGCUGCCGAGUCAAGAUGCCAAGAGGAUUCCCGGGAGUCUCAUACCAGCAGCGAGUCGCACAUGAGUGAAGAGCUUCAGACAUCCGAAUCAAUGUCAAGUCGCAGUGACUACGAGGCAAUUGAAGCUACUGACCGUGCUGAGCUUACCCGAGUUGCAAGCGAAGUAAAGCGAGGGGAAGUUCAUGAUCCAGCGUUGGAUCCUUACAGUCCUACCUUCGACGUAUACAAGUGGACCAAGGUGGUCAUGCACGCAGCAGAAGACGCAAACAUCAAGCUAAGACGGGCCUCAAUUACCUUCAAGAACCUGGACAUCUCUGGUUCUGGGAUUGCCAUGAAUCUCCAACCGACAGUGGCUUCUUAUCUUCUUGGUGCUUUCCGGUUACAUGAAUGGCUCCGCCUCGCCAAGAAGCCGCAGAGGAAGAUCCUCACAGGCUUUGAAGGCCACGUGAAGCCAGGGGAGACGCUCCUGGUCCUUGGGCGUCCUGGAAGUGGAUGCUCGACGCUGUUGAAGACUUUAGCAGGAGAGCUACGUGGCUUAAAGCUGGGUCAUGACUCGGUAAUCCAUUACAGCGGAAUACCUCAGCACGAGAUGAUCAAGAGCUUUAAGGGCGAGAUUGCCUACAACGCAGAAGUCGACCAACAUUUUCCCCAUUUGACCGUCCGACAGACUCUGGAAUUCGCAGCCGCCAUGCGUACCCCGGCGAAUCCAAUAUUAGGAACAUCGAGGACCGAGCAUGUGCAAAGAAUGACCGCUGUAGCGAUGGCAGUCUGCGGAUUGACACAUGUUCGAAAUACGAAAGUGGGAAGCGCGUAUGUACGAGGCGCAUCUGGGGGAGAGAGAAAGCGAGUUAGUAUUGCCGAAAUGAUGCUAUCAUUUUCUCCAAUAGGCUGUUGGGACAACAGUACUAGGGGCCUGGACGCCUCAUCUGCGCUCUCGUUCGUCCGCACGCUCAGGCUGAGUGCCGAUAUCACGGGAUCUGCUCAUGCGGUCGCGGCUUAUCAAGCAUCCCAAGCCAUGUACGACGUUUUCGACAAAGUCGUGGUUCUCUACGAGGGCAGAGAGAUUUACUUUGGACCAACGACAUUUGCAAGGAACUACUUCCAAGAUAUGGGCUGGCUUUGUCCGCCUCGCCAGACGACCCCUGAUUUCCUGACCUCGGUCACAAAUGUACAGGAAAGAAGACCGCGACCAGGAUUCGAGGCGAAGGUGCCUCGAACACCCAUUGAAUUUGAAGGACAUUGGAGGGGAUCGGAACUCCGCAGAUUGCUACAACAGGAUAUCAUGAAUCACGAGGAGGAAGUAUCGAGUUCUUCUGCUGCGGAUGAAUUCAAAGCCGCACGCCGCGCUGUACAAGCACACCACGUCCCUCCAAGCUCCCCGUACACGGUCUCGAUCCCAAUGCAAAUUCAAAUUUGUACCAAGCGAGGGUUUCAGCGCCUAUGGAAUGAGAAAGUGAUCCGACUUACCUUGGUUAUCGGACAAGGCAGCAUGGCUCUCAUCAUCGGGUCCGCGUUCUACGGAAUGAUAGACGACACCAACAGCUUUUUCGCCAAAGGGUCUGUCAUCUUCAACGCAGUCUUACUGAAUGCUCUUGUCGCCGUAACAGAGAUCAAUCGACUGUACGAUCAGAGGCCAAUCGUCGAAAAGCAAGUCUCCUACGCCUUCUAUCACCCAUUCACCGAGGCACUAGCUACUGUGAUAGCCGAUCUACCCGUUCAAGUAUUGACGGCUGUCGUCUUCAACAUCAUCCUAUAUUUUCUGGGAGGCCUCAGGAAGGAAGCCGCACAAUUCUUCAUAUUCUUCCUUUUCGCUUUUCUGACGAGACUGGCAAUGACUGGCCUUUUCAGGACGAUCGGUGCAGCAACCAAAACAAUCUCUCAGGCGCUAGCCAUCGCUGCCGUCUUGGUCCUGGCCAUUGUGAUUUACACCGGCUUCACGAUCCCUCGACCUAAUAUGCACCCCUGGCUCAAAUGGGUUUCAUGGUGCAACCCCGUUGCUUACUCAUUCGAAGCGCUGAUAGUGAACGAGUUCCAUGGAAGGCAGUUCCCAUGUGGCAGCUAUAUUCCCGCAUACCCGGACAGACUCGGGGAUACAUUCAUUUGCUCCGUUCCUGGGUCCAUAGUCGGUCAAACUACCGUGUCUGGUGAUAGAUACCUCGAGACGUCCUUCCAAUACAGGUACGACCACCUAUGGCGAAACCUUGGCAUAAUCAUCGGCUUUUUGGGUUUCUUCAUGUUCAGCUAUCUGGGAGUGACGGAGAUCAACUCAAAGCCCUCAGGCAAGGGAGAAGUCUUGCUGUUCCGACAUGGACAUGUGCCCCGAUACAUCGAAGACGGCUUGAAACAUGCAGACCAAGCAUCUCCUGGAGCUCCUGUAGCGAUAGCCGAGAGACGACAGAGUCAAGAUGAAGACAUCCAGGCAAUCCCUCCACAAAAGGCGGUAUUCACGUGGCGCGACGUCACUUAUGAUAUUCCAGUCGAGGACGGCACUCGCAGAUUGCUUGAACAAGUGUCAGGAUGGGUCAAGCCCGGAACACUCACGGCGCUAAUGGGCAUAAGCGGCGCUGGCAAGACAACACUGUUGGAUACAUUGGCUCAGCGCACAUCGAUCGGGGUUGUUAGUGGUGACAUAUUUGUGAACGGCAAGCCAUUGGACUCCAGCUUCCAAAGGAAAACAGGCUAUGUUCAACAGCAAGAUCUUCAUCUGGAGACAUCUACUGUCCGUGAGGCAUUGCGUUUCAGCGCCAUGCUCCGUCAGCCACGGUCUGUGUCGAAGAAGGAAAAAUACGAUUACGUGGAAGAAGUGAUCAAGAUGCUCAAUAUGGAAGACUUCGCCGAGGCCGUCGUUGGUGUGUUGGGAGAAGGUCUCAAUGUCGAGCAACGAAAACUCCUGACAAUCGGGGUUGAGCUCGCCGCAAAGCCCACUCUACUGUUCUUCCUCGAUGAACCCACCAGUGGCCUGGAUUCACAGAGCUCCUGGUCUAUCCUUAGUUUCCUUCGGAAGCUGGCCGAUCACGGGCAGGCCGUGCUAUCCACUAUCCACCAACCUAGCGCAAUGCUGUUCCAGGAGUUCGAUCGACUACUUUUCCUCACAAACGGGGGUCGGACCGUUUACUUCGGAGAUAUCGGCCCCAACUCGCAGACGCUCAUCAGCUAUUUCGAAGGGCAUGGAGCCCGGCACUGUACUGACUCGGAGAAUGUGGCCGAAUAUAUCUUGGAGAUCGUCAACCCCGAGACCAGUGCUCAAGCCAACCGUGACUGGGUCGAGAUCUGGAGAUCCAGUGAAGAAAACAAGACGAUGCUCGCAGAGUUGGACCGCAUCAAUCGGGAAACAAACGCUAGCGGUACUCGUGCAGGUGCAGAGCAAGACGCCGACAAAGACCAAAGCCAGUUCGCCAUGCCGCUCUACACCCAGACCUAUUAUACGACGACCCGAGCCUUUCAACAGUACUGGAGGACUCCCGGAUACGUCUGGCACAAGUUAGCUCUUGGUGUUGCGUCAGCUCUGUUAGUAGUACCUGUCUUUACUUUCCCAACAGCUUGGUGGACAAUAUUUUUCGCUGACCCUGCUUCUUUCAACCUAGGUUUAUCGGGUUUUCCUUCUGGCAGUCGGACAGCUCUCAGCAAGGAUUGCAGAACGUCUUGUUCAGCGUUUUCAUGCUCACGGCCAUGUUCACGGCCUUGAUCCAGCAGAUUAUUCCUCGGUUUGUUAUUCAGCGAUCGCUGUACGAGGUCCGCGAGCGCCCGUCCAAAGCAUAUUCCUACGUCGCCUUCCUCCUGGCCAAUGUCAUUGUCGAGAUCCCUUACCAGAUUUUACUCGGUAUCAUGGUGUAUGCGUCUUACUUCUACUCCGUCUUUGGCAUCCAAUCUUCCGAGCGGCAAGGCCUUGUCUUGCUUUUCUGCAUCCAGAUCUUUGUGUAUGCCAGCACAUUUUCCCAGAUGAUCAUCGCCGCUCUCCCUGAUGCAGAGACCGCCGGCAUCAUCUCGACGCUGAUGUUCGCCAUGUGCGUCAUCUUCAAUGGCGUCCUCCAACCCCCCGACGCGUUGCCGGGCUUCUGGAUCUUCAUGUACCGCGUCAGCCCGUUCACAUACAUCAUCGACGGCAUCGUGGCGACAGCCCUACACGGCCGCCGAGUCGUAUGCGCCGCCCACGAAUUGAGCAUCUUCAACCCACCGCCGAACACGACCUGCGGCCAAUAUCUGGCGCCGUACCUCCGCCAGGCGCCCGGCACGCUGUACAACGCCAACGCCACGGCAAAAUGCGAGUACUGCGCCCUCUCCCUGGCGGACCAGUACCUGAGUCCCCGCGGCAUCUCGUGGUCGCUGCGCUGGCGCAACUUCGGCCUACUCUGGGCUUACAUCGCCUUCGACCUCGCCAUGAUCCCCCUGCUGUACUACACCUUCCGCAUGAGGAAAUGGGGCGGCAAGCUCGGCGCGGGCGCUGGCAAGAGACGGAGAGGCCUGAACGUCGCCUACGCGUGGGCCCGCGCCGCGGGCAAGCAGUCUCGCACCCUGGUGACGGGUCGCCGGGAGAAGCUGCCGUUGGACAAGCGUGCGGAGAAUGCGAGGGUCUACUGAUACUUAGUAAACCAAUCGGUGAUAAUUGAUGACUGAUAUUGACAACUAAUACGGAGUAUGGACACACUGAUACUACGGAGUAGUAUUGACAGAAAAUGCUUCUCAUGCAAGAUGCUUGGGUGACCCGGUAUCUGGAAGAUCAGCGCUAGCGAGUUCAACUUGCUCACCGUGAUGAUACCUAUACUAGUAGUACCAUGUAGUAACUUGGGGUUUACUUGUAAACCCGUCGUCAAACGAAGGCUUACUGUCCGCCCAGGAAUGAAAGGGAGUAGAAAAGAGAAAAGAGUAGAGUAGAGAAGUAGAGUAGAGAGAGCCCACACACUCCCG